AUGACUCAACGAUACAUCUCGAACAACCUCCCUGCUCAGAGUCUGGGCUCAGAUCCCAAAGAGCUGCUAACUUAUGCUCUUGAGCUUGUCGUCAGACACACCCCGCCUCGCGAAGUGUACCUUGAACGUCAUCUUGGUGGACUAUUCACCGGGUACACUGGUCUUGCCUACUUGUUUCUUCAACUGUCCGAACUGUAUCCGGACCUGCUGAUAUCUGGCAAGAAGCUGAUAUCAUGGGCGGAACGAUAUCUUGAUGGAGACCGGGGGAGGCUUGUCUUAGAGAAGGGUAACUGCGGUAUUUCAUCUGAAAAGAUGUCUUUCCAGGCAGUAAGAGCAUGCGUGACUAAGGACGAAGAUCACUUGAUCGAGUUCCUCAGCAAUAUUCCAGUUCUUCUUGGCCCAUACACGAGCCCCCAGGAAGACGCUUUCCCUUCAGAGAUACCAUACGGAAGAGCAGGUACGUUGUACUUGCUACGUAUGGUGAGACACUGGAUGCCAAGGAGUGAAACUCUCAUCGAAUCUCCUCUACGAAGACUGACAGAAAGGAUUAUGUCCACUGAUGAUGAUGGACGAGGCAAUUGGGAGUGGCAUGGAAAACGAUACUUUGGUGCAGCGCAUGGUGAUAUUGGUAUAAUCACGCAGGUCGUUCUUUCAAACCCAUCGCUCGCUCCGCAACUCGCCCGACGACUGGAGAAACUACUCGAGCUUCAGCUAUCAGAUGGCAACUGGCCAUCAAGCGCGCGGAGUCUCAAGGAAGGUAAAACUGCGAGCCUGAUCCAGUGGUGCCAUGGCGCCCCUGGGUUCUUGUACUCUCUCCAAUCCCUACGCCCUUACUUUCCUGAACUUGAAAGCCGGAUUGACUCUGCUAUCGAAAAGGGGCAGAACAUAACCUGGAGACAUGGACUACUCACCAAGGAGCCCAGCUUGUGUCAUGGAAUCUUUGGGAACGCAUUGGUGCUCCCCAAGGGACCAAAACGACAGCAUUUUCUGGCGUUAGCAACGGCCGACGCCGUGGAGAAAGUGCGGCGACAUGAUCCGAACCUCUUCGAGCCUGCAUCUUACGGCCACAAAGCUGCAGUUCUCAUGAAUUACCUGCCGAGCGCCGCAUGGACAUGGGCUGUUUGUGAACAAGAACAUCCUAAACUUAUCAUGUACAAUGAUGUGUAG